AAGGUUGAGGAGCUGGGAGAAUGUUCUUGGAAGCGUUAAGAUGUGGGUAGACGCUCACCAAGUGAGUGACAGUUGCUUCAGGAACCUUGCCGAGGAUCGUAGUGGGAUAAACCUUAAAGAUCUGGUCCAAGACCCUUCUUUGUUGGGUGGGACUAUAUCUGCAUACAAGAUAGUGCCAGAUGAAAUAGAAGAAAUCAAGGAGACGCUGAUAGAUUGGUGUGAUGAAAAGGAACUUAAUUUGAUUUUAACAACUGGAGGAACAGGGUUUGCACCACGAGAUGUCACUCCAGAGGCCACUAAAGAAGUAAUAGAGCGAGAAGCCCCAGGGAUGGCCCUGGCAAUGCUGAUGGGAUCACUUAAUGUUACUCCUCUGGGCAUGCUCUCUAGACCUGUGUGUGGAAUCAGAGGGAAAACUCUCAUAAUUAAUCUGCCAGGUAGCAAGAAAGGGUCACAGGAAUGCUUUCAGUUUAUACUGCCAGCCCUACCUCACGCCAUUGAUCUUUUGCGGGAUGCCAUUGUAAAAGUAAAGGAGGUACACGAUGAGCUUGAAGAUCUACCUUCACCACCGCCUCCUCUUUCUCCUCCUCCGACCACCAGCCCUCACAAGCAGACAGAAGACAAAGGAGUACAAUGUGAGGAAGAGGAGGAAGAGAAGAAGGAUAGCGGAGUUGCCUCAACAGAGGAUAGUUCUUCUUCACAUAUAACGGCAGCAGCCAUUGCAGCUAAGAAGCAUCCAUCCUACACCAAUUCAGCUGUUAUCAUGGCAAAAGGUGAACAGCCCAUCCCUGGUCUCAUCAGUUAUUGCCAUCACGCAGCAGGCAGUGCAGGAGAACCGAUUCCAGAUUCCAUCAUCUCUCGUGGUGUUCAGGUGCUCCCACGUGAUACAGCCUCCCUCAGUACUACUCCUUCAGAAUCUCCUCGCGCCCAGGCCACCUCUCGUCUCUCCACUGCAUCCUGCCCAACACCAAAACAAAUUAGACGGCCGGAUGAAAGCAAAGGAGUUGCUAGUAGAGUUGGAUCCCUCAAAGUCCAGUCUAGGUGCAGCAGCAAGGAGAACAUCCUCAGAGCAAGUCACAGUGCUGUUGACAUUACCAAGGUAGCAAGAAGACACCGCAUGUCUCCAUUCCCAUUGACAUCUAUGGACAAGGCCUUCAUCACAGUUCUGGAGAUGACCCCAGUGCUUGGAACAGAAAUCAUCAAUUACAGAGACGGAAUGGGCCGAGUCCUUGCUCAAGAUGUAUAUGCAAAAGAUAACCUACCACCAUUUCCAGCAUCAGUAAAAGACGGCUACGCUGUCAGAGCUGCUGAUGGCCCAGGAGAUCGAUUCAUCAUAGGGGAAUCCCAGGCUGGUGAGCAGCCAACUCAGACUGUGAUGCCUGGUCAGGUAAUGCGUGUUACAACCGGUGCUCCAAUUCCAUGUGGUGCUGAUGCAGUGGUGCAAGUGGAAGAUACAGAGCUCAUCAGGGAAUCGGAUGAUGGCACUGAAGAACUAGAAGUUCGAAUCCUGGUGCAGGCUCGACCAGGCCAAGAUAUCAGACCUAUAGGACAUGACAUUAAAAGAGGUGAAUGUGUGCUGGCUAAAGGAACCCACAUGGGUCCAUCUGAGAUUGGUCUCUUAGCAACUGUUGGAGUAACCGAAGUAGAAGUUAACAAGUUCCCAGUGGUCGCAGUCAUGUCAACAGGGAAUGAGCUACUGAAUCCUGAAGAUGACCUCUUGCCAGGAAAGAUUCGGGACAGUAACCGUUCAACUCUCCUAGCUACAAUCCAAGAACAUGGCUAUCCAACAAUCAACUUGGGAAUUGUGGGAGAUAAGAAGCCAGAUGUUUUUAAAGAAGAAGGGACAGAGAGCUUCCAGAACACUGCGGAGACAGGCCUACCAGAUUGCCCAGAUGAUUUACUGAAUGCUCUGAAUGAGGGUAUCAGCCGUGCUGAUGUGAUCAUUACAUCGGGAGGCGUAUCUAUGGGGGAAAAGGACUAUCUUAAACAGGUGCUGGAUAUUGAUCUUCACGCACAGAUUCACUUUGGCAGAGUUUUUAUGAAACCAGGCCUGCCAACAACUUUUGCAACUCUGGAUAUUGAUGGCGUAAGAAAAAUAAUCUUUGCGCUCCCAGGGAACCCUGUGUCAGCUGUUGUCACCUGCAAUCUCUUUGUUGUUCCCGCACUGAGGAAAAUGCAGGGUAUCCUGGAUCCUCGGCCCACCAUCAUCAAAGCCAGGUUAUCAUGUGAUGUAAAAUUGGACCCCCGCCCAGAAUAUCAUCGGUGCAUACUGACUUGGCAUCACCAAGAACCACUACCUUGGGCACAGAGUACAGGGAAUCAGAUGAGCAGUCGUCUGAUGAGUAUGCGCAGUGCCAAUGGACUGUUGAUGCUACCUCCAAAGACAGAGCAGUAUGUGGAGCUUCACAAGGGGGAGGUGGUGGAUGUCAUGGUCAUUGGAAGGCUAUGAUGUCACCAGCAAGAGCGAAGCUUUGAUGCAUGUCCACAUAUCAUUGACUGUAUCCUGUAAUAUGCAACGGCACAGCUAGUUUUUCUGAUUUGGAUAAAAGUUGAUCAGUAUAGUCAACAUCUUGAAUUAUAUUUCAAAUGGAAUUUAAAUAAAUACCUUUUAAAAAAAAAACUUUAAAACAAAUCUUAACAAAGAAAUUUAUUCUGAUUAUAUCAAAGCAACUUUUUCCUUUCCUUGCAAUUGCUUUGUGUGUUCAAUGCUAGUUCUAAUAGCGGUAGCUUUUAGUAGACAGCAGUAGGUGCCUGCAGAACUUGUGUUUUUUCUCAUCUUUACGAUACAACUACUUAUGCUCUUAAAACAAGGCUGUCUGCUUAUUUAUACUAGCGUAGACAACACUUGGAUUUCCCUUAUUAGUAUGCUUCAUAACCGCUUCACAGAGAGCUUCUGCUUGUUCUUUAUCUUGUAUCUCGUGUUGAUGUGCACAGUGCCAAAAGCAGAGUGGCUGCACUGGGAACCCAAUGAAGCCCCGAGGUUUUCUCACCUCGCUGCGCAUUCAGGGAUCUCUCUUGUCCCGGCAGCCACCCAGCUCAGUACUCUUGGGCAGUAACUGGAUACCUUUUAUUUCAACAAACAAAAAAAUUGCUUCCUUAAGUGCUGACAGCCUUUUUAACCAAUACAUUUAAAAAUGUACAGAACUAAAAACUAAAAAAAAAUCAAAGACUGAUCUUGUACAGAUAUUAGUGUUACCAGCAUUCAUGUGGAAAUUAAA